GUAAAUAAAUAUAAUUAUAAUACUCGAAUAGAACGCCCAAAACCUCGCCAACCAGCUUUGUCUUCAUCGAUCACAUCGCUGUGGUCUCCCUCACCAACCGCCGCCGUCUCCGAUCACUUGAUUCCUCCAUGGCUACCAUUUCUAAGCUCUCAACCCCGACGCCGACCUUCUUCUCACUUUCGUCUUCCUUCAACUCCAGAUCUUCCUCUCCCCACCUACCUAAAGUCUCCGUCGAUUUCCGAAACACAGGCGGUUUCGGCUCCAAGCUCUCGUCUUCUAGCCUGUCUCUACGGAGCAACCGAUCUUCCGGUGUUUCCUUGGUUGUCAGAUCUUCUGUUUCUGGAAAUGGUAGUCCAACAAAGAAGACUACCCUACAUGAUCUCUAUGAGAAAGAAGGUCAGAGUCCAUGGUAUGACAACUUAUGCAGGCCUGUGACGGAUCUGCUUCCACUGAUUGCAAGUGGUGUUAGAGGUGUAACUAGCAAUCCCGCGAUUUUCCAAAAAGCAAUAUCAUCUUCAAAUGCUUACAAUGAUCAGUUUAGAGAACUUGUACAAUCAGGGAAAGAUAUUGAAAGUGCAUAUUGGGAGCUUGUAAUUAGGGACAUCCAAGAUGCCUGUAAGCUUUUUGAGCCAAUUUAUGAUCAGACAGAUGGAGGUGAUGGAUAUGUUUCAGUCGAAGUUUCUCCUACACUCGCUGAUGAUACUCAAGGUACCAUUGAGGCAGCAAAAUGGCUUCAUAAAGUGGUUGAUCGUCCCAAUGUGUACAUUAAGAUUCCUGCUACGGCUCCAUGCAUCCCUUCAAUCAAGGAAGUUAUUGCACAAGGCAUAAGCGUCAAUGUCACUGUGAGUUCUCUGACUUCUCAUUCAUCCUUAAAUUAUAUGAACCAUAGUGUUAUAGGACAUCUGUUUUACCAGCCUUCUGACAAGCAUCUCAUAUUUUCUCUUGCUCGAUAUGAAGCUGUAAUUGAUGCGUACUUGGAUGGCUUAGAGGCCUCUGGGCUAAGUGACCUCUCUAGAGUCACAAGUGUGGCUUCCUUUUUUGUCAGUCGGGUAGAUACCAUGAUUGACAAGAUGCUCGAGAAGAUUGGAACCCCAGAAGCCCUUGAUCUCAGAGGAAAGGCCGCAGUAGCUCAAGCUGCUCUGGCAUACCAGCUUUACCAGAAGAAAUUCUCUGGUCCAAGAUGGGAAGCUUUGGUGAAAAAGGGUGCCAAGAAGCAAAGGGUGUUGUGGGCCUCAACUAGUGUCAAGAAUCCUGCCUACCCUGACACUUUGUAUGUUGCCCCUCUUGUUGGACCUGACACGGUUUCAACCAUGCCUGACCAAGCUCUCCAAGCAUUUAUUGAUCACGGCAUUGUUUCAAGGACAAUCGAUUCAAAUGUGUCUGAAGCUGAAGGCAUCUAUAGUGCCCUUGAGAAGUUGGGAAUUGACUGGAGCCAUGUUGGGUCUCAGCUUGAACUCGAGGGGGUUGACGCUUUCAAGAAGAGCUUUGACAGCCUGCUUGACACCCUGCAAGAGAAGGCAAACUCUCUUAAAUUGGUUAGUCCGUAAUCGAAAGUUAUAUGCUUGUUGGUUAUUGCGAGUGACUCAAUAAAGACCCAGAAACCCUUGUUAUAAAAAAAUUAGAAAAAAAUAGAGUUUCAUUCCUGAAGUUCGUUCUCUUAAGUGUGUUUAUUACGUCAAUGAUAAAUUAUUAUGUAACAUAAGGGGGCCUGGCGAUUGGUUAAACGAAGAUUUCAUUUUGCUUAUUAUCUGUUCUUCUACUAUUAUUUCUUGAGAAAUGUUUGAGAAAUGUAUAAAUAAAGAAGUCAAUUUUAU